AUGCUAGGGCUAUGGAUGACGUCACUUUGGAGCAAUCCCACCCCGUGUGUUGAACCGAGAAGAAUUGUUGUCGUAGGCAAGGAAACAAAAUGCAGAUGCAAAGUCACUCUAUAAAGGAAUUUCGGAUUGUGCUCCCUAUGUCAGUAGAAGAGUUUCAUGUAGGUCAGUUAUGGUCGGUGGCUCAAGCUAGCAAGAAUGAGACUGGUGGUGGUGAAGGUGUAGAAGUAAGAGUUAAUGAACCUUUUGAUGAGUCAACACAUGUUCCUAUCCCAAAGCUGGAAGCAAAUGGCAAAGAAUAUACCACAGGGCAAUUCACACAUAAAAUUUAUCAUUUAUCACAAAAAGUACCUGCUUAUGUUCGUUUAUUAGCACCAAAGGGUUCUUUGGAGAUUCAUGAACAAGCUUGGAAUGCUUAUCCAUAUUGUCGCACUGUUUUAACAAAUCCAGACUACAUGAAGGAAAACUUUUACAUCAUUAUUGAAUCAUUUCAUGCUCCAGAUAAUGGCAACACACCUAAUAUCCAUGGAUUGACAGGGAGGGACUUGCAGGCAAGACAAAUUGUAAAACUUGAUAUUGCCAAUGAUAAAGUACCUUCAAAGGAUUAUAAACCAGAAUGGGAUCCCUGUCUAGUUGGUUCACCUAAAGCUGGAAGAUCACCAUUGCCCCAUGACAAGAAUGGAAACUGGAUGAAUAAUGUCAGCCCAGUUAUGUGCUGCUAUAAGCUGGUUAAAGUUUGGUUCAAAUGGUUUGGUCUGCAGAAGAGAAUGGAAUCUUUUAUUUUAACUCAAGAGCAACGGUUGUUUCUUAAUUUUCAUCGCCAAGUGGUUUGCUGGACAGAUCAGUAUUAUGGCAUGACAAUGGCAGACAUUAGGAAAUUAGAAGAAGAGGUUAAAGAAGAACUUGAAAGACAACGUAAAGAAGGUCCAGUACGUGGUAUGACAGCUUCAGAGGAGGAUAAAUGAUGAUAUUGAUUGCUAGAAAACUAUAUUGCUAUAAACUUAUAGUCUUGGCUCUUUAUGUUCUUGUAAUGUUAAUCUACAAAUUGUAGGCACUUUGCUCCCACUAUAAAAUUUGUACUAGACUAAACAAUGUAAUAACUUUGAUUGGUUUUAAUUUUUUUUUGUCUAGGAUAAAGGAUUUUAUCAAUUAAAAAGUGUUUUAUAUUGAUUAUUUAAUGUGGUAUGUUCCAGGAGAGUUGUUUUUUGUCAUCAUAAAUUUGUAUUUCUUUGUUUUUUUUUACUGUAAAUGAAAAACGUGAACAUAGAAGUAAUUUUUUAAAACUUAAUUUUGUAUGUGUAAACUACUGAAUAUUUGUAGCGUGAAAUCUUUCUGCCACUAGUGUAUUUGAAUUGUGUAUGUGUUUGGUUCACAAUAGCAUAAAAAUUUAUGUUUGUAUAUUUAUAUUAUAAUUUGAGUUAACAAUUCAUAUUUGAGCAGCGAUGUACAUUUUUAUUAUUUUGAACUCAGCUCCAUGUUUCUAAUCCAGGAUUUUGUGGAAUUACUUCUACUUUACAUUAUAGUGUCUUAACCUUUGCUCUACAACCAGAAUCAUUCUGAAUAAAUGGUGUCCAAUAUAAAAAAAAUAACAAUUCAAUUUAUUUAUAUAUUUAAUACUUGGAUUUUCUAAGUAAUCUCUUCAGUUCAUUGCCCUUGUACAGAAAAGUUAACAGAACAAUAUUAUUUCUAUUGAAACAAUAAAAAUUAUUAUUUUCCAAAUAAAAGAGAUAAUUAAAAGUAAGUCAAUGAAACAUUCAUAUAAUCAUCACAGUUUAUUGUUGUUUAAUGCAAUAUAAAGAAUUAUUAUAAAAUUUAUCACUGAGAACCUUGGCACAAGGCAUAGUGAAAUGCUAUUUGCGCUACAUUUUUAUAUGAACAGCUGUAGAUCAUGGUUCAGAAAUUUGUUGCAUCCUGUUCAUUCAUUAGUGCUUAUGUUUACAGUAAAAAAAAAACUGUUUGAUACCAGUACAUGUAUAUUUGAUACCUCAAGUCAUAAUGAAGCCAUACAGUUGCGGUUAUGUCAUUGCUUUUAUAAACUGUUGCAUUUUAAAUAAGCUUUUUGUAGAUUGGUGGAUUUGUAUAGUAUGCUUAUAUUAUUUGACUUGUAUGGUGAUAUUCUUUAGAGGUAAACUUUACUGGGGUUAAGGCUGUGAAGAAAUAAAGUAUAAAAGAGGGUGGUAUAUAGGGAGCCAUAUUCUUAAGUUCUGAUUCUGAAAUAAUUUUAAUGAAUAUUUUUGUGUGCAAAUUGUUUCUAAAACAGCAAUAAGCAUGACAAGAUGAUUUUUAACUGCAUUGAAAAUGUGCUAAAUUAACAGUGUUUUUUUUUUGGCUACAUCUUGGUUUAUGAAAAUUUAGCUUUGAUAAAAUGUAAUUGAUGUAUUUUGUAAACAUCAAGAAAUGUUAGAUACUUUGUCCAUAUUGUGUAACUUAUACCAUGUUUUUAAUGUAAUAUUUCAUGCUAGAAUUUUAUUUUUAACUCUGAACGUUUCUAAGUAUAAUUCUGCUUUUCUUGUGUAGUCACCAAUCAUUAUAUUGAUAGUCAUACAUUUUAUGAAGUAUACUAAGUGGAUAUUUAUAUGAAUCAGUUAAGUCAUUGUGCAUAGAUACAUUAUUGCAUUCUAAUUGCUAGGCAAAAUUUUUUUUUUUUAAAUAAACUAAUAUCCUAUGCAAUACUGUUUAAUAUUGAUUACUAACAUCCUAAAGUAUAUUACAGUUACAGUAAUUUAAUGACUGCAUACACAAAAGUUUUAUUACAUGCCAAUUUUAUUUUCCUUCUUUUUUUUGUAAUUAAGUGUUUUUGUUUGCUUGCACAUUGUUUGACCUACUCAUAGAACAUAGAAACAAUUUAAUGAGGUGAAUGUUGUAGUGAAAAAAUAUUCUUUUUAAAAAAAAAAUACUUAUGCUAUUGUGGCUAUGUCUAUUUGCUUUUUACUCAAAUCUGUCACAUUAAGCCAUUUAUAUUAUUUAUUAAGCUAUUAAAACUAGGUGUAUUAGGAUUUUACAUGCAAUAAGUGAUACAUUCCAUUACAAAACUCAAUAGUUAGAAUGGGCAUUGAAGUAUCUUAACUUUUGUGAUUGGUAGACUUAAAUUUCUUCAAUAUGACUGAGAAAAACUUUAGAUCAAAUUUAAUAUAAUUGGAGUAGGCCUUUUUUUUUUUUGCUCAAUGGUGUGAUGUGACAUUUUGUAGUUCACUAUUUGCUAAUUAUUUUCUAUCCAUUUCCCACCUCAUACCCAGCCUCAAUCUUAUUCCAAUAAUUUCUAGUAUUUUUUUUCUUUGUGCUCAUUCAAUUAAUAAACCAAAUCUUCAUCUUAAGCUAAAAAAAAAAAGGUAAUAAACUGCUGGUUUUUUUUUUAAAGAAUUUUACGUUUACAUGUUAUAGUGCUCUAUUAUAAAGCAGAACAAUUUUUGUAAUUAUGUACUUGUCAAUUUGAUUUUAAAGAUUUAAACAAGAAAAAGCUUUUUAAUUCAAAAAUUUAUUAGAGUAGAUACAAAUUAAUUUUACAGUAUAAAUUACUUGCAUUAAUUUCCUGAGUUAAAAAUAAAAUGUUUCUGUUUUUUGUUAACCACCUACCA